AUGCGCCUCUUGCGAUUAUGGCUGGGUGCGGCCACCCUGACGAGGGCCGCCCACUUCCAGGACGACUGGGUCAUGGAGUACCCGCGCCCCUCCGGCGCCCAGGACAGCCCCGACGCGGAUCUUGCAAUACGCGUCGACUUCAGUUCGCUCAAGGGGCCCGGCCAGCGGCUCCUGAACGGCAUCGCCAUGGGCGUCACAAGUGCGCGCGAGGUCUUCGAGUCGCAGUUCAUCCUGGACAUGUCGCUGGCGACGGGCGUGCACACGGACCGCAUCGUGGUCCUCAACGUGACCGAGGGCGACGUGCACUUCGCCUGGCGCUGGACGACGACGGUCAUCCGCUUCCGCAUCCUCGCGGCCUGCCCGCCGGGCCUGGAGAUCUACGUCGAGAUGGGCGAGGCGGCGUCGCGCCGCAUCGAGACCAUCGAGACGAAGGAGCCGCCGUGCUCGGCGACGCCGCUCGACGCGCGGCGCACGUGCGCGCACCCCUGCGAGAACUCGCCCGACGUGCCCUCCGUCGUGCGGGACCUCACGAACCAGACGCAGUUCCUGGACUCGCCGCUCUUCGCCGGCGACCGCGCGAAGAAGGUCACGGCCGCGACGGACCGGCACUGGGGCCUCGUCGCCCUCGACUGGGACAUGUCGCUGCGCCUCCAGUUCUCCAUGGACGUCGUGAGCAACCCCGCGGAGCACCUGCAGCAGGACGCCGGCCUCGGCGAGGCCGCGGAGCACUUCGAGGCGUCGAAGCACCGGGCCUUCGGCCACAUGACCCUCAAUAGGGGUCUGGAGCGCUUCUGCGAGGCGGCGGCCGGCGCGUCGGGCCGCACCGAGGCGUCGCACACCGCGAGCGCGUACUGCGAGUGGGAGAACUAUUUUGAAGAGGACGUGUCGCGCGCGCUGGACAUCGAGCGCCACCGCGUCGAGGUCCUGGCCGUGCGGCCCGCUGCGCCGGACCAGGUGCUGGCGCACUUCCGCAUCUUCCCCACCUGGUCCGGGGGGACGCCCGUCGCCGACUGCGUCUCCGACCUGCUGGAGCAGGUGCGGGACCCGACGUCCCGGCUCUACGACGGCAACGUCACGGUGCGCGUCGACCCGUCGUGGGGCGUGUCCGGCGUCGGCGGCACGCCGCGGAAGCGGACGUCGGACCACCUCCCGUACGCCGUGCGCGGCAACAGCUCGCUGCCGUACCACGGCUACGCCGCCCACUCGAUCAACGAGGCCUACGAGCGGUGCAAGGCGACGCAGCGGUGCGCGCGCGGCUACGAGCACUACUACGUCGAGAACGCGACGCGCUACCACACGACCCAGGUCUUCGCGGGCGGCGCCCACCGCCACGCGGACCUCUUCGCGCCCUUCGAGGACUGGCGCGUCGGCACGGGCGGCUGGGGCCCGCGCGGCUUCGCCCGCUGGGACGGCACCGCGAACGCGACCGGCGCCGUGCGCGGCGCGCACGUCGCGCCCAUGCGGUUGAAGCGGCUCGGGGCGCCGCCCGUGCGGACGGUCGACCCCUGGGGCUGGUGCCACGAGCGCCAGGCCUGCUCCGCCGUCAAGUUCAACGGCGGGCUCGUGCUCAACCGCGCGCGGCUCGCGCGGGACGUCGCGCUCCAGGAGAAGCUCAUCAAGAACAUCCGGGACGACCUCGCCUGGGUCGAGAGCUGGCGCGAGACGGCGGUCCUGGACGCGGACGGCGCGCGGACGCGCUUCGACGUGAUCCAGCUCAUGCGGAAGAGAGCCGACGACAUCCGGGCGAAGAUCAAGGCCGAGGAGAAGGUCCUCAAGGACCUGAACGGGACGCAGUGCACUUUACUACGAAGGUGCCAGCUCUUCAUCAACACGUCGUCGAUAACGAUCCGGGGCGUCUACGAAAUAGACGGGGAGCUCCUGAUCCAGCCGGGCGGCGAGGAGAUCGCGGUCUUUAGCUUCGACCAGAUCGACCUCGGGCCCGAGGUGAACGUGACCGUCGUGGGCCAGCGGCCGCUGAUCCUCGCGUCGCGCAGCACGGCGCGCUUCCAGACGCCUUUCGUCGUCGCGCCGGGCACGCUCGGCGGCUUCCCCGGCGGCUAUUCGGUGGGCAGCGACCCCGCGGACGUGCUGCGGGACGACCCGCGGGACGUGCCGCUCGGCGACCCGCAGAUCCUCGACGGCACCAUCGCCUCGACGAACGCGAACGGGCCCGGCGCGCCGUCCGUCCGCGUCCACCUCCGGAGCGUGCGGACGGAGGCGAGCGACGUCGACGAAAUCCAACGCGUCACGCUCGCGGGCGACGCGGGCGAGAACCUGGGGGGAUUCUGGCGGCUCACGUACCGCGACUUCCGGUCGCGGUCGCUCCCGCCGGACGCGUCGGCGGACCUCGUGCGGCGGGCCUGCGAGGAGGACUUGAACCGGGCGCACGCCGUGCACCGGUCGACGGGCCUGGACAAUCGGGUGGAGGACCACGCGCCGGGCGUCGGGCGGUGCGCCGUCGCGAAGCGCCGCGGUGUGAUGGGGGACGACGCGGCGCAGUGGACGCUGACCUUCACGUCGCAGAUCGGCGCCAUGGAGCUCCUGGGCGUCGAGGACCACCUGACGGGCAUGGGCGCGAACAUCAGGAUCGAGCGGCUGCAGGGCGGUAACAGCCUGGGCGGCACCUUCGCGCUCAAGUUCCGCGGGACGGCGACGCGCCCGCUCGCGCACGACGCCACGUCGCUGGCCGUGGCGCGCGCCCUCGUCGAGGACCUGCCGCACGUCGUCGCGGCGUCGGCGACGCGGAGCGACGGCGACCGCGUCGGCGGCGAGUGCGACGACGGGCUCUGCGAGGACGGCCCGCGGCCCGGCGGCGGCCUGGAGUGGACGCUGACGCUCGUCACGCUCGACGACGUCAUCACGCCGCGCGCGCCCGUCGGCUACGACUGGAAGGGCGCGCCGCGCGGCCCCCUCGACGGGGACGUCUACGACGAGACGCCGACGGCGGCGCCGACCUACGACACCCUCGCGCCGUCGUACGACACGUCCGUGCCGUCCCUCAAGCCGACGGGCGAGUGGCUCGAGCCCGAGGGCCCGUGCCCGAACCUCACCGCGGCGGGCGCGCUCACGGGGGCGGGGGCCUCCGUCGUCGCGCGGCGGGGCCACUUCCUCUCGCACCGGCCGAUCCUCGCGGCCACGAACCGCACGGCCUUCGGGUGCGAGGCGUCGUUCACGCUCGCGUUCGGCGGCGGCGGCGCGGCGCACGGCGGCCGCGGCGGCGCGCCGGCGCCCGGCGACCGCGACGCGUCGUGGUCCUACGCCCUCGGGGCCGCGGCGCGCGACGGCGCCGCCUUCUUCCGGGGCGGAAAGAAUUCCAUACUGAGCUCGUACGCGAACCCGGCCGUCGCCGUCGACGCGCGGCUCGCGCCGGAGGCGCUGCGGGAGUACAGAGGUGACACGUCGGACCUGCUGGACGCCCUCGGGCGGGCCAACGUGACGAACGGGACCGCCGUCGCGUGGUCGCCCCGCGGCGGCAGCUUCGGCGGCGUCGGCCGGACGUACGCGCACGGCAGCGACUUCGGCGGGGCGCGGGGCUCGCUGCUCGGCGGUUCGGGCGGCGCGCUGGGCCUCAUGCACCCCUACCUCUUCGAGGCCCUGGACCCCGAGGUGCUGCCCGACAUCAAAAACGGGAGCACGGUCGACGACCCCCAGUACAGGUGGAAGCUCAACGGGUCGGACAUCGCGUCGCGCUUCACGCCCGUCUACGCGACGACGAAGCAGGACCCGCGUGUUGGAAAGAGGCGCUUCUCGCUGGGCGGCCGCGGCGGCGCGGGCGGCGGCGCGAUCGAGCUCGUGGCGGUGAACGACCUGGAGAUCGGCGAGUUCUGCCACAUUCGCGUGGACGCGGCGCCCGGCCACGAGUCGAACAACGCGGGGGGCGGGGGCGGGUCGGGCGGGUCCGUGCUGCUCGCGGCCGGCGGCGUGAUCCGGCUCCGCGGCACGAUCUCCGCGCGGGGCGGCGCCGGCGGCGCCGCGCCCCGGGGCGGCGGCGGCGGCGGCGGCGGCCGCGUCGCGCUCUACGCCAACGCGCUCUGGCGGCCCGACGACGUCUCGGCCCGGAUCGACGUCGCGGGCGGCGCGUGUCGGGAGUGGGACGCCGCGGCCCAGCGCGUCGUGGACGGGUGCGCCGACGGCAAGGCGGCGCGGCAGCAUCACCGCGACGGGUCGCGGGGCACCGUCCGCGUCGACACGCUUUUUGAUCUGGGCUACGACGUCGAGAUCCACGAGGACAAUACGGUGGGAGGCGCCUACGGCACCUACGGGUCGCUGCGCGUGGACGGCCGCCUGCGGGACACGGGCGCGGCGAGCGAGCGGAACGCGGCCGCGGGCGACAGGGUGAUCGAGCCGCGGAUUAGCUUCGACGGCCCCGAGUUCCAGCUCGCGCGCCGCGCGCGGCCGGCGCGGCUGUCCUUCUUCGUGCGGCUGGACCCGCGCAACGACACGCAGAUUCCGCGGCGGGCGGGGACCUGGGGCGGCAUGGUCGCGCUCUACGACGCGCCCGACGAGAUUCCCCCGAACACGGACCCGUGGGCCGUCGGCAACCCGUCCUUCGCCUCGCCGUUACCAAAGCGGGCCACGCCGGUCCACGCCAAUUCCACGGUUGCCGUCGGCGUCGCCAUUUCCGAUAGGCUCGUGCACGGCGGCGGCUUCCGCGCGGCGCCGGGCGAGCGCGAGGAGCAGGGCCCGGCGGGCGUGCUAGGAGGCGCCGGCCGCGGCGCGCCGCGGUCGACGCUCCUCCACAAAGCGAGACUGCGGCGCUGGUACAAGGUCGACGUCUCGCUCGACUGGACGCGGAUGGUCUACGACGUCUGGGUCGACGACGUGUUGCGGGCGGACGACGCCCCGAUCGGGGGCGACGCGCCCUGGACCCGCGAGGCGACGGGCGUCAACCGCUUGGGCGUGUACGCUAUAAGCGAUGGAGGCACUCUGAGAGUGGACGAAAUCUACGUCGGGCCGGACCACACGAUGGCCUUCCGCUGCCCAAAAACCACAAGAAGGGGCCCCGAGUUCGAGACGCCGCGGCCGGACGCAAAAGGAUGGGACGCCGAGGACCUGGGGGGCCGGACGACGCGCGCGCCCAUGGUCCGCCACGACACGCACGUGUCGAAGCGCGACCUCUACAAAUUCACGGACGCGCGGGGCUCCACGAACCGCGUCGAUCGACUGGACAACGGCGGGCUGGUGGCCUACGACGGCGCCGGUUUGGUAGAUUUCCGGAGCGACGUCGAGCAGCGGUUUGGGAGCGGGGAUUUGCGGGGCGGCGCGAACCCCGUGCACGCCGGCGCGCUGCUGACGCUGGCGGGCGGCGUGGCCGGCGGCGGCGGCCCGAGCCGCGACCUCGCCGACCGCGCGACGCGCGGGUAUGCCGAGAAUGAACGGUGGACGGCGACGGACCAUGCCGAUGCGGAGCACGAUCUCCAGUACGAGGGCAACUACGGCGCCUUCCCCGCGACGACGGAGGAUGCGGACGCGCCCCAGCGCCAGACGCAGUUCGACAACGACGCCAAGUACUACACGGCGUGGUACGGUAAGGAUGGGGGGCGGCCGACGCCCACGCACCUCUGGUACGGCGAGCACGACGCGCCCCACGGGCCGCUGAACGACGGCGACGCGGCGCCGGACUGGUUGAAGGGCGGCGUGGGGGCGUGCUCGACCGACGACUUGAUCGAGUGGAAGCGCGAGGGCAUCGCGCUGCACUACGCAAAUCUAACAGAUAUGACGGACCGCAGGGACGCCUGGCAGCUGGGCUGCGACGGCUACGGGACGAUCCACGGCACGAAGGGGGGCUACGGCUGCGUCGGGAGUAAAGGGCUCGUCGCGUCUCGGCCGCGCGUCCUGACGGCCGACGUCGAGCAGAAGCCCGACUCCAACGACCCCUACGCGUCCACGAGACCCGACGCGCCGCGCGUCGUGCAGGGCCACGGGUACGUGAUGUGGAUGGUCGUGCACAACGGGAGCAAGGGGCGGGGCUUGGCGGGCGUCGCGUCGUCGGCGCACGCGGGCGGGCCGUUCCAUUUCCGGCGCACGCUCUAUCCCGACGGCAACGAGACGCGCGACAUGGCCGUCUGGGCCGUGGGCGGCGAGGCGCCGCACCCGAAGACCGUCGAGCCGCGGUCGACGGCGCUGCUGGGGAGGACGUACUUCGCGGAGAUCGAACAUCUAUUGCCGGGCGCGCAGAUGCAGCCCAUCUGGGAGAUGGCGAAGAAGAAGGACUCGACCGGUAAGUGGGUGAACGACUUCGGGCUGUCGUACCACCGGGGCAUCUACCAGAAGGACUACGACGACUAUCAUGACAUUUAUCUGCAGCGGUGGCGCCUGGAAGACAAGCCCUGGAAGGUCUGGUGCGUGGAACGGGCGAACCCGGGGAACAGGUACCUGGUGCCCCGCGGCCACUCGACGGGCGAGAACUACGCGUUGUGCCCCGACCCCGAGUUCUACAAGGUCGUCGAGGGCCAGGGCUACGACGACACGUACUUCACGACGGACGGCGUCAAGUCGCGGUUCAUGGACCCCGACGACCCGUCGAAGUCCGAGUGGCGGCCGAACAGCGUGCCGGACGUCCGCGCGCAGCCCUGGAAGAACUCGUACCGCGACGGCGCCUGCGGCCUGCGCCAGAAGGACGAGGACUACGGGCUGAACGACCCCGAGAUCCCGACGCGGGAGCUGCAGGACCGCGGGAACUGUUCGAACAUCGAGGACAACCCCCUGCACCCCACCAUGCCCGACGAGCUCGUCAAGGAGCUCUACGUCGUAGAAAGGCGCCGGGCCAAGUUCGUGGCGGUGUCGGCCCUGACGCCGGAUCUGCUGGAUACGACGUCGCAGCUCGACUCGUUCGAGGGCGAGCUCGAGGACGCGGCCCUCGAUUCGCUGAUCCAGUCCUACGGCCAGUUCGACUGGUCCAUCGACGGCAACGCGGAGGCGCGCAUCGCGACGACCUUCCAGCCUCCCUUGCUGCCGCCCGACGACUUCAACCUGAAGCCGCGAAGGGAGGCGCUCGGCCGCUUCCACCAGUACAGCUUCCAGCCGAACGACCGCGCGCGCUACUCGCUGUCCUGCAUCUACGACCUGACCUGCCCCGUGAACUUCAACGACCAGUUGAUCGACCCCGACGUCGACAAGCAGGCCGUCGACCCGGCCAUCUGGUGGGCGACGUCGACGACGAACUACCACCCCGACGCGCCGCUGCCCUGGACGCAGGUCGCCGAGACGUCCUGGGCGCGGCGGCGCCUCGAGGAGGCGUCCUUCGAAGCGCCCGUGGAGGCCUACGACCGGCCGGACCCCGACGGCGGGCCGGGGACGAAGACGGAGGUCUGGGGGCACAUCCGGCGCUGAUCGAGCAAUACCCCGACGUCCCCCACGCACCUGCGCACGCUCUCGACGUCGGAGCGCGGGCCGCCGCGUCAUCGCGGAGGCGUAAGAUUAUUGAAUGUGA